AUGGCUGAGGUUGUGAGUAUAAGAUUGAAUAACGGGGCCAAGAUGCCUAUGAUAGGCUUCGGUUUGGCUGCAGACAAUAUCAUGAUGGCCCAGGGCUCUGCGCCAGUCGACCAUAUAAAGGCAUCAGUGCUUAAAGCCAUUGAGGCUGGUUAUCGAGCAUUUGAUACUGCAAAUGCCUAUUUUACUGAAGGCAUAUUGGGAGAGUCUCUGGAGGAAGCAUUUGAAAUGGGGCUUGUAUCUCGCGAAGAAGUUUUUAUUAGCUCCAAGCUCUGGUGCACUCACUGUUAUCCUGAGGAUGUCAUUCCAGCUCUCAGGAAAAGCUUAAAGGCAUUGAAGUUAGAUUACCUGGAUUUGUAUCUGAUCCACUGGCCUCUAGCGCUUAAAAAGGGUGCUUUAUUUCCUCAUGUAACACCGGAUGAUGUUAUAGCAAUUGAUAUCCACGGUGUUUGGCGGGCAAUGGAACAUUGUGUUAAACUUGGUCUCACUAGAGCAAUCGGAGUCUGUAACUUUUCUUGUAAGAAGAUUAAAGAUAUUCUUGCCUUUGCAAAGUUUCCUCCUGCUGUAAAUCAGGUCGAGAUGCAUCCUGUUUGGCAGCAGGAAAAAAUGAGGGAGUAUUGUAAGAGUGUGAACAUUCAUGUUUCUGCAUGGUCGCCAUUAGGAGGUCCGGGGAAUUCAUGGGGAUCAUCGAAUACAUUGGAUAAUCCUCAAAUUAAAGAAAUUGCCACCAAACAUGGGAAAUCCCCUGCUCAGGUGGCAUUGCGUUGGGGAAUAGAAAACGGUGCAAGUGUGAUUACCAGGAGUUUCAACCCUGUAAGAAUAUCACACAACUUCCAGGUAUUUGAUUGGAAAUUGGAUGAACAAGACCACAAAAGGAUAAGCAGCUUAACACAACACCAAACAGAUUUGGUGAGAAUCUUGUAUGUGAAUCCAAUCAACGGUCCUUUUAAAACUGUUGAGGAAUUCUGGGAUGGCGAAUACUGA